CAAUGUCAUACUUGUCAAACUCAAGGCACGCAGAACCACGUUGUUGUGUUUAUUUUGGAAUCGUCGUGCAUUACAAAGUAAAACGUAAAUAUGGCUCAAGGAAAAUUAAAAGUAAAAAGCAAAUUGCCAGCUGGAGCAAAGGCUAAGAAAAACAAGAAUAAGGCAGGUAAAGCGGUGACCAAACGUCCCAACGCGCCGGUAAAGAGUAAAACUGCCGCGCAACGGAAUAAGAUGAAGACGAAUGUUUCGAAGAUGGUGAAUGCUGCAGCUGAACAACAGUUGAGAGCACUGGCCACUAAUACCCCACAAUUGUCUGCGGCACAGCAACGAGUAGCUGCGGCUCCUACAGCACCUGCCCCCGCGAAAUAACCUUACUCCUAAACAAUGUUGUUUGUGUAAAUUAUUGAACGUUAUUUGUGAUGAUUCUAGUUCGUAUAACCGGGACAGUAAAUUCAAUUCAGUGAUGUGGAAUUAAAGACAGAUUUAAUAAAUAAAAACUAUACAUUUCUUGACUUAUUGGAAUAAAAACUGAUUACAAUGGAUUAGGCCAAGUUGUGUAAUAAUUGUUUCUGAUGGUCUAGGUAGGUAUAUAUUCAGC